UUCAGUUUUUUAUUAGAGUGAGGUACUCUCACAUCUAUAUAUAGCUCUCACAUUUGAUCAUCUCUUUCACUCACUAGCGAUUAAGCACCCUUCAUUCCUCCCAUCUUUCCAAGUAUUGUUUUGUUCAGUUUUCAUUUGCUCUAGCAAUGGCCAGUGUUGAGGUUGCACCAGCAGCAGCGUUGCAAGAGAAUGAGCCAAAGACAAUCGAGGUGACCAAGACUGAGGAGGCAAUCGUGGAAGAGCCCGUGGCUGCAGCACCACCUUCAACCGAGUCUGAGGCUACAACCACCGAAGAGCCAAAGGAAACAACACCACCCGUAGAAGCAGAAAUCGAGAAACCAGCUGCUCCCGAAGCCGAGGCUCCAGUUCCGGUUGAAGUUAAGACCAAGGAGGAGGUGGCAGAAGAACCAAAGGCGGCCGAGGCAGCUGAGGUGGAGGAGCCAACAGUAGAAACGGAGACAACAGAAGCAGAAGAGCCUAAAGAGGUCGUAACAGCAGAGCCUGUUGCCGUGGAAGAGAAGACCAAAGAAGAGACCAUUGAAACUGAGGCACCAGCAGCUGCUCCAGUUGAGGAAGAGAAAACAGUUGAAGCAGCAGCAGCAGAGGAAGCUACCACAGAAGUUCCAGUCGAGAAGACUGAAGAAUAGAAGAUGAACAUAUGACAAGAUGAGAGAGAAGUUUAAGGAGUCCUUUUUCUAGGUUUGCAUGUUCGAGUUGGUCAUCUUUUCAUCCACAUUUCUAUUUGUUUGUUAGUUUAUGUUGUAAUUGAGGUAAGGCUUUAAAAUUAAAUUAAUGGGGUUUGGCAUUUGGAUUAUGAUCUCCACUUAAUGUAAGCAUCCUGCUUUAUGGUUUGAUAUAUCUGAGAUUAUACUGAAGAAUGUAAUGCAUUGGUGAUUAGUAUGGUGUGAAAAUAUAUGAUUUGCUUUAGUUUUGAAUAAUAUUUUUGUUUUUUGUAAUA